GAUGUAUAUAAAGCAGAAUGGUUAGGUGGAGAAAUAGAGCACAUUGACCUUACCAAAAAUAGUGUUUUAAGAAAAGGCUUGCAGCAUGUUGUAUUAAAGGCCAUAUCAAAGAAUGUAGAAAUUCUGUUUGCUCAAUUAAUAUCUGCUAAUGCUCAUGGCGCUGGCACAAAAUGUUACGAAUUUUCUCGUUUUGCAUCCUCAAGUGAUCUUUUUAUUAUUAUGAAGCUAUAUAAAGAAAAUUCACGCUUGAGAAUAUUGGAAGCUUGGUAG